GCACCCGGGUAGGCAAGGCAUUAGUUGAAUAUACCUCUUCUUAAGCGCAUCAGAUCCCGAUUACCUAUCUGUGGUACCAGUUGAGGUAGACAUAUCUGACGAAAGUCAAUAUGGUCACCGUCGGCGUCCUCGCACUUCAAGGAGGCUUCUCAGAACAUCUCAGCUCUCUACGGAAAGCAGCUGCUCAUCUCUCGACUUCAUCAUCGCCAAUACCAAGCUUCGACUUCCUGGAGGUACGAACGCCAGCCCAACUAGCUAGAUGUGACGCGCUAGUCAUUCCCGGAGGAGAGAGCACUACCCUCUCACUUGUGGCAGCACAGUCCGGGUUGCUGGAGCCGUUGCGGGAGUUUGUCAAAGUCGACAAGAAGCCAACAUGGGGCACAUGCGCCGGUCUUAUCCUCUUAUCUGAGCAAGCUAGCGCCACUAAAAGAGGUGGUCAAGAUUUGAUCGGGGGACUUGAUGUCAAAGUCCACCGUAAUCAUUUUGGUCGACAGAUAGAAAGCUUCGUUACAGACUUAGGCCUGCCUUUCUUAUCCCAAGAGGGCGAAGGGAACGGAGUCGCUCCUUUUCCGGCCGUCUUCAUUCGGGCUCCUGUUGUGGAUCAGGUAUUGACUGGUGACUUGGAGUCAAUUGACCAUAAGUCGGAUUUCACGACAUCGGAAAUCGCCAAGCCUGUGUCCGGGGAUCGAAUGAGCCAUACUUUAAAAGGGAAUGUUGAAGUAUUGGCAACCCUUCCGGGGCGUCACGCUUCGAACAAGGCGGCGGCGGCGGCAAAGACGAUAACGGCGUCAACGCUUAACAGAGAUGAUCAAGCCACGUCUCCUACGGGAGCAGGAGAUAUCGUAGCGUUAAGACAAGGGAAUGUGUUCGGGACUAGCUUUCAUCCAGAGCUGACUGACGACAUUCGAAUUCAUGUCUGGUGGCUAGAUCAGGUAUUAAGAUCAUGAAGGUUGUGGUGGGAUGGGUCGAAAGAGUUGAAUUGGAAUAGCCACUGAAUUCGAAGUUAUCUACUACGUAGUAGUUGAUGAAAGAAUUGAGACACAUAAAAUGUCAAACACUACACGGACCAGACACAGCACGUGUAUCGCGGGUUUAGGAGGGUGAUAUUCCGGCCCGGACCCUCUUCUCCUGAAGCAUCAUUUUACUAUGUUUCUUAAACGCCCGCCUAAGCACCGCAUUGGUGGUGUCCGCUUCAAAUGAUUUGGGCAUGACCUGUAAUUCAAUAUCAUGUCUCGUCCGGACAAUGUCUGUCUCUAGCUAUGUAAGAACGCGAGCUGAU